UCACACUCGUGUGCACCACUUCGCACGAGUUGGGCUACGGAGGUCUUCUCUGUGUAAACCUAAACCAACACCAAACAACAAACUAGUAGGGCGACCAUGUCUGACAGGAAAGCGGUGAUCAAGAAUGCUGACAUGUCCGAGGACAUGCAGCAGGACGCCGUGGAGUGUGCCACACAGGCCCUGGAGAAGUACAACAUCGAGAAAGACAUCGCUGCCUACAUCAAGAAGGAGUUCGACAAGAAAUACAACCCGACCUGGCACUGCAUCGUGGGAAGGAACUUCGGCAGUUACGUGACUCACGAGACCAAACAUUUCAUCUACUUCUACUUGGGCCAGGUGGCCAUCCUGCUCUUUAAGUCUGGCUGAGAAGAGCACACACCGUUAAAACUACAACACGUUACUGACUCGACAAAGGCACUCAUUCCUGGGGGUGGGGGCGCUGCCUUUUUUGUGCUUUCUACUUUUUUGUUUUGAGGAUUAAAAUGUGGCCAUCUAAACAAAUCAAACAUGUAUUUAUUUUUGUCUGUUACAUUUACAUGUCUUUUUUAAAUUAAACAUGUUAAGCUUUCUGCA